GUUGCAGAGUAAGUUUUCUGCCUUGAAUUCUAGCAAAGCGAAAACAAUCGAAUCCGAACAAAAAAGCGCAAUGAGUUUUGUUUUUUGAAGUUUUUCAGAAUCGUUUGAAGCUUGAUUCGAUCCUGCCGGAUCGAGCUCUGCUCGGUUAACAUGGACUUGUGCCGAGCUUGCGGAGGAAGUGCCGCCACUAGUCAGGAUGAGGAUGAAAACAUCAGUCUUCUUAUCGAUAUCUACAACAAGUUGACCGGAGUACAGCUAUCCGAAGUCAUGGAUUCCGGUGUAAUGAUAUUUUGUGGCGAUUGCACAACCGAGCUCAACCAUUUCGAUCGGUUUCGGAGGAAAUGUCUUGAAACAUAUCACCGGCUGAAGGAUGUGAAAGUUGAAGCUUGGCAAGAAGACACAACCCUGUUAUGUGAAGUGAAAAUUGAAGGUGAUGACGAACUUGGCAUCCUUCCAAAACCCUCCACUAAAGAUGAAUCUCUCGAGAAUUUGAUCAAACCGGAUACGAAGGUAGAGUAUCCAUUGAAAAAGGAUGACUCAGAAGACGAGGACGAAGAUGAUAACAAUAAUGACGACGACGAUGAUGAUGAAGAUGAUGAAGAUUUUCUUGUUAACCAUGCCGAUAAGGGCAAUGAAGACGACGAUGAUGAUGAUGAUGAUGAUGAAAGUGAGCCGGAAAUCGAAGAAUCAAAGCCACAACCUAAGAAGAAACGUCGAGAUACGCGAGUCCGAAUACGUAAACGAAGCAAGGCGGACAAAAAACCGCCCAUGAAAUUCCUCGACUGUCCAAAAUGUCCCUCGAAGUUCUUCUACCAGCAUCGUCUCGAGGCUCAUCUACGUGUUCACGAAGGCCUGAAGCCGUUCCUGUGCAAGCUCUGCGGCAAGAGCUUCAUUACCUACCGGAACUUCAAAACCCAUCACAUCCAGAAACACACCGAUACCAAAAUCGCCAUUCCUUGUGGAUUCCCAGGGUGUGAGCAGGUGUUCGCUACCAAACAGGGAGCCAAAAACCACCGGUUACGAACCCACGACCCGAACUACCAAAUGCCUGAACAGACACCAUUUAUUUGCGAUACCUGCGGAAAUUCGUACACGACAAAUGGUGGCCUAAAGAGGCACAAGUAUACUCAUAAUCCGGAGGAACUUCCCUACAACUGUACUUUCUGUCCCAAAAAGUACCACACCCGAUCCAAACUAGUCAACCACAUGAAACGCCACCAGGGUAUAUUCGACUUUGAGUGCCAACAUUGUGGUCUAAAGAAAGCCUCCAAGUACGAAGUCAAUCAACACAUCAAGAAUGUGCACGAGAAGCACACCAGAACUGAACCCAUACCCUGCACGAUCUGCCAGAUGGUGUUCAGUAGCAAAACUUGCCUUAAGCGGCAUGUUGAUGUGGUGCACAGGAAGAUCAAGAGAUUCAAUUGCUCGGUUUGUGGAUUCUUGUUUAGUCAGAAGGAUCAUCUGAACCGGCACUUGAAAAGCCAUAAAAGACAGGGAGACAUAGUCAGUUUGCCCGUUACUGCUCCAGAUGGGUUACAACCCGUUGCUGUUACAGAUGGGUUGCAGCCCGUUGAGGUUACAGAUGGGCUACAGCCCGUUGCUGUCACAGGUGGGUUAAUGCAGCCAUAGUAGCAUUAAAGUUACAUAUUGCAGCCAAUUGAGCACCAGUGUGUAAUAAAGAAGUCAUGAGAAAUAUC